CUGUCUUGACAGUUGGCUAAUGAAGCGAGGCUUAGCGAACCAACCUCGUCUAUGAAUACUAGACAUAAAAUUAAUGUAAUGAGUCAAGUAUCUCAUAGCUGGAUAAUCAGCGUGCCUUCACGUGUCAUCCCAUUUACACAUACAUCUCUGGGCUGCAGGGGAAGAUUACCCGAUCGGGUCAAGCGCCUCUCAGCUUCCGCCUUUCAGUUCUCCCAAGUCUCUCUCGAAUUGAUUGCCUCAUCGCGGCCAUCUCCAAUUCAACUUCCUCCCCACUGAACCAUAACUCUUCCGGUGUGUGUGGCCAUCACUCUGGGCCUCAUCGCCAACAGACAUACCAUCAUCAUCAUGGACUACGAAAUGGACAUCGAGCCCACCGGGCCCCAAGUGACCGUCCGCGAGG